GCCUCCCCCAGCGCCGCGCACCGCGCUUGCGCCGCGGCCGGCACUCUGCUCUCCUGCGCUCCGCUCCGCACAGCUUUGUCUGGGCCGGGCCGGCUGGUGAGGCCCGGGCGAGCCGCAGGACUUUCGGGGUCACCGCGACCCCUCUGUGUACAAAUAGUUGGGGGGCGCAGGCGGCCCUUAAGGUAGACUCGCGCUUAAGGUGGACUGCUCCGUAAGGUGGACUGGGCGUUAAGGUGGAUCGCGCUUAAGGUGGACUCUCAGUGAAGCCGCGCCUGCGAGGCGGGGAGGGCCGAGGCUCGGUAUGGAGAGCCCCGCCUGAAGCGGUCGCUGGAGGAGCCGCGCCGGUCUGUCCUGAGGAGAAGGAGAUGGGGAAGGCCCGCUGCUGAGGAGCCAGCUUCUCCCCGGCCUCUAACAAUGACCAGCUCCCGGCCGUUCUGCAGGAAGAGGCAGCCCAUGGACGAGGGCGAGCUGUGAAGCCGUCCCGGCCGCAGUGCCCCCGCCGGCCCCGGGGACCCCCCGGCCCAGCGCCAUGGAGACGGUGGGAAAGUUUGAGUUCAGUAGGAAGGACUUGAUCGGGCACGGAGCCUUCGCCGUCGUCUUCAAAGGCAGGCAUAAAGAGAAACCUGAGCUGGAAGUAGCUGUGAAAUGCAUUAACAAGAAGAACCUAGCGAAAUCUCAAACUCUACUGGGCAAGGAAAUAAAAAUACUGAAGGAACUGAAACAUGAAAACAUCGUUGCCUUGUAUGAUUUCCAGGAACUGGCAAACUCUGUCUACUUGGUUAUGGAGUACUGUAAUGGUGGUGACCUGGCAGACUAUCUUCACACCAUGCGGACACUCAGUGAAGACACCAUCAGGCUCUUCCUCCAGCAGAUAGCAGGUGCCAUGAAAAUGCUGCACAGCAAAGGCAUCAUCCAUCGGGACCUGAAACCACAGAACAUCCUCCUGUCCUACGCUGGAGGCAGGAAAUCAAAUCCCAACAACAUUCGCAUCAAGAUUGCUGACUUUGGGUUUGCCCGAUACCUGCAGAACAACAUGAUGGCAGCAACGUUGUGUGGCUCACCGAUGUACAUGGCACCAGAAGUCAUUAUGUCUCAACACUACGAUGCCAAAGCUGACCUCUGGAGUAUAGGAACCAUCAUUUAUCAGUGUCUAACAGGCAAAGCUCCUUUUCAGGCCAGCAGCCCACAGGAUCUUCGCCUCUUCUAUGAGAAAAACAAGAUGCUGAUGCCCAACAUCCCCAGGGAGACAUCAAGCCACCUGAGGCAGCUGCUGCUGGGCCUUUUGCAGCGUAACCAUAAGGACCGCAUGGACUUCGAUGAGUUUUUCCAUCACCCGUUCUUGGAUGCAAGUGCCUCAAUGAAAAAAUCUGCUUCCGUGCCAAUGCCUUCUUAUCCCAGUUCAGGCUCUGGUAGUUCCUCCAGCAGCUCCUCUACUUCCCACCUGGCAUCGCCUCCUUCCCUUGGAGAGAUGCAGCAGCAGCUGCAGGAGAAGACACUGGCAUCUCCUACCCAGGAUUCUCCUGGCUUUCUGCAUGGAUCUAAGGACUCUGCUGGAAGCAGCAGUAAGAAUUCAUCUUGUGACACUGAUGACUUCGUUAUGGUCCCAGCACAGUUCCCAAGUGAUUUAACUGCUGAGGCUGCAGGAGGGAAACCCAUCCAAGACAGCCUGAUGUACAGCGGGAGUUCUUUGGUGACUUCAGCAGGCUUGGAAAGCCAGGGAAGGACACCAUCUCCUUCACCCCCUUACAGCAGUUCUCCUAGCCCAUCCAGCCGGCCGGGGCAGUUUUCCAGCAGCAAGUACGGCCACUCGGUGCCCAUCCCGGUCCCGACGCAGAUCCACAACUACCGGCGGAUCGAGCAGAACCUGCAGUCCCCCAACCACUGCAGCUCCCCGCGGUCUGGUACAGUCAGGAGGUCUAGCAGUACAAGUCCUCUUGGUUUUCCUAAAACUGGUGCUUCCCCUCCUUACCCUGGAGAGCAUGGAUCUGUGCCCAGCUCUAGAAAGCUCUCCUAUGGUGGUGCCAAGCCAUUUAUGCCAUCACCACAAGUUGGAACAAUCCCAGAGCAGCCCAGCCAGACUGUUGUCCCAUCUUCUCUUGGAGUAGAAGUGAGAAGCCGGAUUCCUGUCACUGGUUCCUCGGCACCCGAGCAGUCUCCUCGAGGGAUGGGCUCCCGGCUCCACAGUGCUCCCAACCUGUCAGAUUUGCAUUCCUGCAGGCAGAAGAUAACCAAGCAGCACUCUGAUCCUCUUGUUGCUCACUUUGGUCACGGCUCAGCCAGCCAGCCCCUGCAGAUUCAUGGCUUGCAGCACUGCCGGCAGCUCAGAUCCUCACCAAAGCUGUCUGAGUUCAUGCAGAGAAGCCCUUUGCCAACUAUUGUGGGCUCCCCUACGAAGGCUGUGUCCCCGUUUGAGUUUCCCAAAACCCCAAGUUCCCAGAAUCUCCUCACCCUCUUGGCCCAUCAGGGGGUUGUGAUGACUCCAACACGAAACAAGACCUUGCCGGACCUGAAGGAGAUGGGGCAUUUCCACUGCCAGCAAACUGGCUUGGGAUUGAGGCCAGUGGAAGAGAUCAAGGGCAGAUCUCUGAGCACAGGCAGGCUCACUGACCUGCUUUUGAAGGCAGCCUUUGGGGCACAGAUCUCGGAGGCCGGCAGCAGCGACAGCCUGAACAACGAGAAGCCGAUGGAAAUUGCAGCUCCCUCAGGUGCUUACGGAGGGACCCUGCACUCUGGUGCCCGGGCUGGGGGCUCUGCCAGCCCGACCCCAGUGAUUUUCACUGUCGGAUCCCCUCCCAGUGGAACAACCCCCCCACAGACCACGAGGACCAGGAUGUUUUCAGUGGGGUCUUCCAGCUCUCUCAGUUCUGGAGGCUCAUUCACCGGCAGGCACUUGGCAGUGGCGACUGGUGGGGAUGCUGUGGAAGGGCCCUCAAGCCUCCGGUACGCUUUUGCUGAUCCCAUCACUGCCAACCUGGAAGGUGCUGUCACGUUUGAGGCACCAGAGCUGCCUGAGGAGACGCUGAUGGAGCAAGAGCAUACUGACAUCCUGCGCAGCCUCCGCUUCACCCUGGCCUUCGUCCACUACGUGAUGGAAAUCGCUGCCCUCAAGGGCAGCUCCAGCGAGAUGAGCAGCUCAGUGACGUCCGAGUACCAGCUUCAGGAGAGCGUGGUGGCUGACCAGAUCAGCCUCCUAAGCAGGGAGUGGAGCUAUGCAGAGCAGCUCGUGCUGUACUUGAAAGUAGCAGAGCUGCUGUCCUCGGGGCUGCAGAUGGCCAUUGAGCAGAUCAAAGCUGGCAAGCUGUGCCUCUCCUCCACCGUCAAGCAAGUUGUGAAGAAGCUGAAUGAGCUUUAUAAAUCCAGUGUAUCAUCCUGCCACUGCCUCAACAUGAGACUCCAGAGGUUCUUCUUGGACAAGCAGAAACUCAUGGAUCGGAUCAACAGCAUCACAGCAGAGAAGCUUAUCUUCAGCUAUGCUGUGCAAAUGGUUCAGUCUGCAGCCCUGGAUGAGAUGUUCCACCACAGAGAGGACUGUGCACAGAGGUACCACAAGGCUCUGCUGCUGAUGGAGGGGCUGCUGAACAUCAUCACUGAACAGGGGGACAUAGAAAACAUCAAUAAAUGUAAACUGUGCAUCGAGCGCAGGCUGUCAGCUCUGCUGUCAGGGUUCUGUGCCUGAUGGUCAGUGGUGUUCUUCACGUGUCCCUCCAGCUCAUCCCUUGCUUUCCAACAGCCUGCUGCUGUGCUGGGAAGCCCUUUUGGCAGUAGGAGACCUGGAGGACGAACUGCUCGAUGUUUUGUACUCGGACAUUUUGGGAAGCCGUUCCACAGACUGGGACUCCUUGGUGGGGACGUGUGACUGCAGCAAGCACAAACGCUCCCCGGCCCAAAGGCCUGGGCAAAGAUGUCGCCCGUGUGGAAAGGUUUCCCUUGCUGGCAGAGGGGAGGAAGGAUAGAAGUCUGCUUCUUCCCAGCACUUUGAAGGAUAAGACUGCUGCCUGUCCCUCUUGCUUAAGAACAGGGUAUUCAGUGCUGUGUCCAUUGCAGGCAAUGGAUGUGCAGAAACUGCUGGCUUCAGUUAAUGCUGGAGGGUGUCAUGCAGAAAUCAAGGCCAGUUUGUGUUCUUUCUCCUGUCCCAGCUGAGAGCCAGGCACCUGCAAGCUUCCUGGUGCCCUGAAGCUCCCCUCCUUCCUCUACUUUGUCCCUCCUCAGAUGCGUUUUAUGCCUUGGAGUGCUUACUGAAUGGCAGAGAGGAGGGAGUCGGCUCCCUUUUGCCUGAGCGUUGCUGAAGCAGCUCCAACCUCCUGCAGACCUGCGGUGGGGCCGAGGCCGUGCCGCUGCCGGGGGGUUUGCCUGUCCCGCGGCUGCCUCCCGGCUGCCCCUGCCUGCAUGGGAAAGAGACUGCGCAGGGAGUGGGAGGACAGCAGCGGCUGCUACGCUCCUGUCUUUGUGAGAAGCCAAAACAAAUCCAUUCCUCCCUCGAUGCCCCAAGCUCAGCGGGAUCCACGUGGAAGACUGGUGGCUGUUCAGCUCGGGCUGUCCGUACAUAUCUGCCAGGAGGCGGCGUUGGCACCGUCCUGCUUUCAGCUCCCCUUUCCCCGCCCCCAGACUGAAAACACUAGCUUUGUGAAUCAAAGGAGCACUUUACACACUAUGGGAACUUUGGAGAAGUUGACUUUGCAUCACACAACAACCCAGGAACAUCACGACUGUUAGGAAUGCCGUUGUUUUUAUUCCUUUCCUUGCUUCCUGGUUGUUUUAUUGCACUACGUGUGUGCAUCUAUGAAUAUGUAUUCCCGAGGGGGGAAUAGAUAUUGAUAGAGCUGUAGCUGGUUUGUGUGUAACUGUACGUAUUUAACUGUACUGUAUCUUGUGAGCGUGAGGCAAGAAGCACUGCAGAGUCUGUGCUGUCCCUCCUCCAUAACCAGGCAAAACUGCCUUGCAGUCUGGCAGUACCAAGAUUUGUUUUGGUUUAGGUUCUUUUUGUUG